AUGGGCAGACUAUUAGUUCAGAAACAAUACACGAACAGGGAUUUUCCAGUCGUCAUUUUGUUGGCACGGAAAUCUAAAUGUUUCUUUAGCAAGCCAUUUUGUCGGCAAGAUCACAGCAGUCUUGCUCCAUGCGUCAGUCAAAGAACUGGAACCAAUGAGUGGGUCGCCUUUCUCAAAAUGUGUGCCUUUGUUCGCCCGACCCCUCCUUAAGUUAAGCGCUAAGGUGUUUUCCGAUCCCAUUCAGGGGUUUUCGGUUCCGUUUAGCACCAAAUUCAUUGCCCCCUAAGCGAGGUUUCAUGUUUCACCAGAGCAAUUAUUCUGAAGUGGGUUUUCUGCCCUAAGUGAGCAUUAGGUGCUAAUCGCUAUCACAACUCAUCGCCACUUGAGGUUGUCAAAUCAUUCAAUUAAUUUGGAUGACAAUUAUGCGUGCACGCAGCAAUCAAAACAAGCUCGGCGACCGACGGUGACUUCUAUUGUACCGCGGCACAUCACUUUAGUAUAGACACCGAAUUUAAUCCACCCCCAAUAGCGUUACCAAAGGUUUCGUAACUCGGUGCGCGCUUACCAGCGAACGGCCCAAAACAAGUCUCCGCUGUGCAUUUGUAAAGCGCAGCGCGUUCAUAGCUUAGCAGGAUGCAAGGCAGUGAUCGGUUUUCUAUAAAUUCUCUCAUCGAUACCAGGAGUAGAGGCAGCUUGAGCAGUGACGCAGAGGACGCACAAGACAUUUCUGGCCCUGAAGACGACUCUGCUCAGGAAACAAGACACUUGGUGACAUCAUUUACUGUCAAAGACAUUUUGGACCCUCACAAGUUUAACGCUCCGAAAAGGCGGCCAAGCGAAAGCGAUUCAGAGACUGAAAGCCCAAGUAACGAGGAACCUAGAAAUAAUUCACCAUGGCAUCCUUGGAUGGCAACUACCAGAUUUAACCGUACGCAAAAAUCGAGCGAAUCUGAAAAAUGCACGGAAAAGGACAAGAUUGAUCACGAAUCGUCCAACCAUCAAGAGAAUGAGGAAUGUAAGUUGACGACGGCACCCAAAUCAAAGCGAAAGCGAAGCGGCUCAGAACGAUCAAAGGAAGGAAAACCACGGCGCGCACGGACUGCUUUCACGUACGAACAACUCGUUGCUCUAGAAAAUAAGUUUAAGAGCACAAGAUAUCUAUCUGUAUGCGAAAGACUUAACUUGGCUCUCUCGCUGAGUCUGACAGAGACACAAGUGAAAAUUUGGUUUCAGAACAGGCGGACAAAAUGGAAGAAACAAAACCCAGGCGUUGAUGUUACCGCGCCGCCGCGGCCGACGACUUUGCCGCACGCUCCUUCUCUGGCCGGUUACGGAACAGGGAUUCUGUGUACGUCGCAAUGUCCAACGCAAAUACACCACUAUCCACAUUAUCCUCCACCCACAUCAGCUCAUGCUUUGCAGUGCAUCAUCAGACCGCAUCCAACGUACGGACAUUUGUAGAUACGGCGGUAAAUGAAGAAGCAUGUCGAAGAAGCCUUGUUGCAACAUAGGCAGAGGAAAACUCCAUAGGAACUUUGUAUAGAAAGAGACGAAGAUGUAUUUAUGUUUGAAAUCAGUAUGAUGCCUGAUUUUCCAUACAAGUAUGCUUGAGGCACGCUUUUGUUGGGAGUGGAAGAAAUUGAUUUAUGCUGUGUCCUUAAUGUAAACUCACAACUGACUAUACCAGCCCAAGUUCUGAUCAGUUUAUAUAUAUCUGCGAGGUAUUUUUUUAUCAAAGGCUAUCAGGGUUUUGUUAUAAUUUAACCAUAGUAUCUAAAAUCCCUGCAACGAAAGUUAUGCACUUCGUGUAUUUUGUUUCGUGGAAACAAGCCUUGGUACUCCUGUUGGAGUUUCACGCCUGACUAACAUUUUUUCUGAUUUAACUCGUGCCAAUUGUUUGAAUCGAAACACUAAAAAGAUGUAGCUACUGAAAUAUUGUUAUUUGCCAAAAUUCUGAACUGUAAAUACUGUAUUAAACAAAAUGUUAUAUAAUCGGUCUCGCGAAACAUAAACUAUAUGAAAUUUCAAUAAAUUUUUCCCACAAAUGUUGUGCCUUGAAGUUACAGCAAGAGAUGAAGACUGUCCUUAACCUCAAGAAUAAUUUUUCAUUUAUUGCUUUCGGGGACAAAAAAAAAAAAUCUUUUGGAUUCAGUCCUAAAUUGUAUUUAGGUCGUUUCUUACCAUCUGACGAAAAACGGUAGAAAAGCUUCCAUAAACAGCUGACUCGAAAUUUUGACUUAUUUCGUUACCACUUCAUCGGCAGCCAUUACAUGGAGGCAACAAAACAAAUCUUCUUCGUACGGUGACUAAACUCGGUCAAAGUAGUCGCUAAAUAAAAAUAUAGAGUAUAUUUACUUCAGAAUUAUCCUUGGCCCAAACAAUCUGCUAAGUUGUUCUGUGAAAAUUUGUUUUGCUAAUUGGCAAGAAAUAUUUCUUUGAAUGCUACAAUGAACCGCCUUCUUUGUUGAUCCAUUACGGCCCAAUUUAACCACACUGAUGGCAAAUCAUCAACCACACCAUGACAUUUCUUGUUUUCUUCGCACAUAAAGAUUGCUAAUUCUCAACAAAUAUUGAAUUUGCAACCACUUCCUGUAGUCGGCUUUGUUUGAGAAAGAUUUCGAGCGGAAAAGCCCACAUUAUGUACAGCAUAGUCUUUUAAAGACACCUGGUCGCUAGUUACACAAAAUAUCAAUCAUUUUCUAAGCAGGACCUUGGCGUUCAAUCAUUCGUUCAUUUAGAUAUUUUCAAAAUACGUUCGAGAGAGCCUUCAAACAAUUUUUUGCUGUUAAACUGCUCUGCACAUUAUGAAGGAUUUUUCUAAUUCAAUUACUCGACCCCCAAAGAUACGACACAAGAUCCUUUUCAAGUUUUUGAACUCCUUAUUGAAUAUGCUUUGAUUUAAGUCAC